AAAAUAGGAAUAUAAAUAAAAAUAAACUUAUCUUUCCAUUGCAGAUGGUUUCACCCUAACAUCACGGGUUUAGAAGCUGAACGUCUAUUGAUGGAACGAGGAUAUGACAGUUCAUUUUUAGCACGUCCAAGCUCCUCAAAUCCUGGUGACUUUACAUUGUCUGUCAGACGGAAUGGUGAAGUGACUCAUAUUAAAAUACAAAAUACAGGAGACUUCUACGAUCUGUACGGUGGUGAGAAAUUCGCCACGCUUUCCGAACUGGUACAAUUUUAUAUGGAAAACGGCGGGCAAUUGCGCGAGAAGAAUGGCGAGAUUAUCAAGCUCAAGUAUCCUCUCAAUUGCGCCGAUCCCACGACUGAAAGGUGGUUCCACGGCCAUUUGUCGGCCAAAGAGGCGGAACGGUUGAUGCUGGAACGCGGCAAAAAUGGAUCCUUCUUGGUGCGCGAGUCCCAAAGUAAACCCGGCGACUUCGUGCUGUCCGUACGCACCGACGAUCGCGUCACGCAUGUUAUGAUACGAUUUCAGGACAACAAAUAUGACGUGGGCGGUGGCCUCAAGUUCGACAGUCUCAGUGAUCUGAUAGAGUAUUAUAAGCGAAAUCCAAUGGUCGAAACGAGCGGUAGCGUCGUUCAUCUUCGACAACCGUUUAAUGCGACGCGCAUUAACGCCAGUGAUAUCGAGAGCAGAGUGAGACAAUUACACAAAGAGAAUGGCUGUUCCAAUGGAUGGUUAUGUUGGAACGGCGCUAGCGGAAGUGACGAAGGUGGAGCUGGUCGCGGCAAAGGUAAAGCUGGCUUCUGGGAGGAAUUCGAAUCGCUUCAACAAGUAGAGUGCCGACAUCUCUUUUCGAGAAAAGAAGGUUUACGUAGUGAAAAUCGCUCAAAGAAUCGUUACAAGAAUAUUCUGCCGUUCGAUCACACGAGGGUGCGACUGAAAGACGUAGAUCCGAACACCUCUGGAGCUGAUUACAUUAACGCUAAUUACAUAAGGAACGAGGAAGGUGACGCGACGAGCACCGGUGGCAGUAAUGAACCUGCACCGUUGGGCAAAUAUUACAUAGCAACGCAAGGCUGCCUCCCGAACACCCUUGGGGAUUUUUGGCACAUGGUCUACCAAGAGAACACCCGCGUGAUCGUCAUGACCACGAAGGAGAUGGAGAGAGGAAAGAACAAGUGCGCGCGUUACUGGCCGGAAGAAGAUGAAAUCGCCGAGUACGGUAAUGAGUGGAAAGUGCGCGCCAUGUCGCAAACCUCGACCUCCGAUUACACUCUACGCGAAUUUCUCCUGCAGGGAACCAAGCCGGACUUUUCCGAAUCCAGAAGAAUUUAUCAUUAUCAUUUCCAAGCAUGGCCCGAUCAUGGUGUCCCGUCAGAUCCUGGCUGUGUGCUGAAUUUUUUACACGACGUAAAUGCCAAGCAAGAAUCUAUCGCAAUAUCCUUGGCUUCUGAUAAUGAGAACGUACUGUGCAUAGGGCCGGUUCUUGUUCACUGUAGCGCAGGAAUCGGCAGAACCGGCACAUUCAUCGUCAUUGACAUGAUCCUAGAUCAAAUUAAACGUCGUGGAUUGGAUUGCGAAAUUGACAUUCAACGCACGAUACAGCGAGUACGUUCACAGAGAUCGGGGAUGGUUCAGACAGAGGCGCAAUACAAAUUUGUAUAUCUCGCCGUUCUGCAUUACAUUGAGACAGUAUCACAGCGAAUGCAGGCGGAACAGAAAUCACUUCAACUAGGCAGAGAAUACACGAACAUUCGUUACAAGAGUGAAGCGAACGUUUCUGUCAACGCUAUCGUAAGCGAGACCUCCACUCCCACGUGCACACCGACGACCCUUCCAACAUUGUCCACGUCUACCAAUAACUUGAGGCCAAAGUGAUUUCCGUUUAGUGAUUUCGGUUCAGUCGGUUCCACAAACACUCGGGAAAGCAAAGAAGAGGCUUCGUUACUCUCUCACUCACCCUCUUUCUCUUUCCCUUUUUAUCUCUCUAACUUCUGCAUCUCCCUGUCAUCGUAGGUGAUAGAAGAAGAAGAACGUAACUUGCUGCGACAUACUCCAUUUACAAGAAUCCAUUCUCGCCAACGACAAUUCAGUUUCACUCUUGUUAAAUACACUUAUUUUUAUCGAACAUACUUAUGGCGCAUUUUUUUAACAGUUGGAUUGUGAGUAACUAUACGCAUAGAUAUAUAUACAUAAGUUGAAAUAAAAAAGGGAAAAAGCCCUGUAUUUCCAGCGA